CGGAACGACGUGCUCUCCACGGUAGGCCGCCGUCCAGGACCAUGCACCAGCCACCUGCGGUCCGCUGCAGUAAUGCCGCCCACGACGGAAACCGUGCCUAAAAAAUAAGAGAAACGUUCUUCCGAAUGAAUGAGAAUAACGUAGAAACGAAUCUGUGAUCGAAGGCAUGCUGGCUGACACUUCGCUGCUGGAAGGCUGUCCGACCAAUGCAUACCUCUUCUACUGCGACGUACCGUCCCAGUGGAACGAGCGCAGUCUGGGCAGCCCCGUUGUGCUCAAUUAAUAAGACUGACUAUAAUAAAUAACAGUAAUCAUACUAACAGUACAAACGUAACGAUUAUUGUAAUUGUGUAGAAACCUCGUUGAUUAAUCAAAUACAAAGACAGCUGUGAAGUUGAAUAACGUUUAAGAACUCGGCUGUGAACGAAGCGAAUCAAGAGAACGAACUCGAGUUUGUCGAUCCUGAUCCCGUUUGCCUGGCAAGAUUCAUCGACCAACAAUAACAAAUUCCAACGACUAACCGUUUAACGAAGCUCGAACGACAAUACUAAAAUCUAACAGAAUCAAAACCAGUAACCAGCUUCUUGCACUGACCCGUGGAGAUGAUGGCGGUCAGAACGAGAAGAAAACGAGUGACUUUUUACAACAGCGAGCACGAGUACGAACCGAUCGGGCCGCCGUCGCCGUUGCCGAAACCGGCCACGGCGCCGGUCGUCCAGAUCACCGACACGGAUAUGGUGCCCGUCGUUGACAGCGACGACAGCAUCGACGACCGGUCGAGGCUACCGCCGGAGCUGACGCGCGCCGGCGAUGUGUCGAUUCCCUUGGACGGGAAGAUCGAGGACACCAUGAUGGAGGGUCGCGAGCUCGGCGAAACCGGGGACACAUCCGAGGAGCUGGAGAGCCCGCAGCAACUGCAAGACCGGCUCGAGGAGCGGUUCCUCAGCGCACCUACGCCCGGUACUGAGUCCAGAACCGACGGCGAGGUCAACACUAGUCAGGUAGACUCGUUGGCAUUGGAGGAGCUUCCGCUGCGCCGCGGUGCCCGGGGCCUGCCGCAGCGCAUCAAGACACAGGCCGGCAAGCUGCGUACGCGUUUGAGGAACAUCCAAAGACCGACGUUCGCGUUCGCGGAACGGCAGAAGCAGGAGAAGGCCAGGCCGGCGAGCAGCGGCAGCAGGUCGGACAGGUCCAGGACCGAGAAGAGGCCCAGUCGAAUGGACAGGAUACGAUCGUCGUUCUCUGACAAUCGGCCGCGAUUCAGUUUGCCGGGUCGGUUGUCCAUGCCCGAUCGAUCUAAAUUUCAUUUGCCGGAACGGCCAAAGUUCAGUUUCGAGAAGGCCAAGUUCCACCUUCCGGACAAGUCGAAGUUCAACAUCAAAAGACCGAACAUUCGCCUGCCGAACGCUUUGACUCGCGCGAAGAAAUCUCCCAGCCACGAUCAACGAUCCACCGAGUCGAAUGUCGGAUCUAAGAGGAACAUUUUCGACUUCUCCACUUAUCCCCGGAUAUUCGAUAAGAAGUCGAAGAGCAGUGGCGAGUACGCGACCUCCACGCCGAAGGACUCGAGGGCGGAGUCCGCGGAGAGCUCCACGUUCCCUAGAGCUAGGAAGAGGAGGCAGUCGUGGGCGGAGAGGUUUGAGGCGACCUCCGGCUUCGAGGACCAGUCGGAUGGAGAAGCUGCGGUGGAGAGGAGCAAACCCUGGCGUCAUCCUUCCAUGGAAGAGCCCAGAUUGUCUAUGACGGGAGGGGAACAGAUCCGUAUACCAUGGGAAGAGAAGCACAGACUGCAGGAGGAGGAGGAGGUCCAGUACAUGGAUUACGAACAGGAGUCCCCGGAGACGUCUGACAGACAACAGCAUCCUACGUCAGAGGCUUCGAGGACCGAGGAGGAAUCUUACGAAAGAGAAUCGGAUCCUAAGUUGUACCGAUCUGGGAAGGUCAGAGAAGAAGAGAUGGAAGAAUGGAAAGAGGACGAAGAGAUACCUGGAGGCGGUUUCAGACCCAUCCCGAGGUCCAGGUCCUUAGAAGCGGUGCUGCGUAGCAGACAGGAGGAGAGAUACGAAGGAACGUUCGCGACGGUAGACCCUAGGAGAUACGGAGUGCAUAAAACUCCUUCUGAAGAAGAGGAAUACGAGGAAGAAAUGGAAGAAGACGAAGAACGGGACCCCUCGUCUGCUCAAUCGGACAGGGAGCAGCAGCAGUCGAGUACCAGCUCCUGUGACCGACGUCGUCGCGGAGUAAUAGAAGAGAUAGACUCGGACGAGUUCUUCGUCCGAGCCGGACUCAGUCACGACGAUAUGAACCUUGACAAAUAUUUAACGAGCGAAGUCAGAGACGGUCUGAGACCGGAAGGGAACGUGCUGGCGGACGAGGAGAUGGUCCCGAUUCCUCCGCAGCGUCCGAUGAGGAAACGAUCGCGGAGGAAGAAUCAACGAGAAGUUUCGAUAGAAUCAUACGACGUUGUUCCGCCUGUCAGACCGAACAGAGCUCGUAGGAGCGAGUCGAUGGACGAGCAGUUCCGCGAACGAACCAGGAGCGACUCCAGGCACAGGGUGGUUUAUCAAACGGAGGGAGAGCCCGCGGAACUCGCGGUGGAACCGUUGGACGACAUUGUAGUAGUAAAACCAGCGCGUAGAAAGUCAAGAUCCUUGCAGCGCAGCCAGUUACAAAUUCCAGCGGAAAUUCAAGCGGAGUCGACGCCACCCGUUGCACCUACUCGCCGCAAGCGAUUGCGCAAGGAGCCGGAAAGAAGAAACGGCGAGAUCCCGAUUUGUAACGGGCAUACCGAGUGGACGGGUUCCGCCCCAGAAAAACCACUUCCCUUGCCUCCAGCGACGUCGAUUAACCAACUGGAGGAUCAGGAAGUAUACACCGCCGAGGAGAUCAUUGCGACGAGCGAGGAGAACAUCCAGAAAUUGGCUACGAGGCUUCGAGAAGAAGAGAUGGUACCGCCACCGGUUCCACCGAAGAGGAGGUCUAGAUCCAGAGGCACUUCCGUGGCCCAGGACGAGGAUAGAACGUCCCACGGUGCGGAGUCGUUACCGGAAGCUGGCUACGUAGAAGAAGACAUCCCACGGGACGACGUGGACCUCGAGAGAGAUUUAUCCGGUUACGCUAUCAUCGAGAAACGAGAAAAGCCGCCGAGGCCUCCGCCUCCGAGAAGGAAGAGGGACAAGUUCGCUACUGCACCCAGAUCGGUUCCGCCUAAACGUCCUCAGAGAGCCUACAGCACUCUCGGCCCGGCGAAAGCCAAAGACAUCAGUAUACUAACUGACACUUACGACAGCACUUUGAUAGCAGCCGAAUCGUUGCCAUACGUGGACGUCGACUCCGACGGAGAACAUAAAGAUCUCCGUAGCAACGAGGUUUUGAGCAAAAUGCAGGGACGUCCAUUGCCGGCGCCACCCAGACCCCCGAGGAUCAGGAAGGAUCAGUCUCAGGAACGGUCCACUCGCGAGACGACGCAGGAACUGGUCACGGAAACGACGACUGCCACGCAGACGGAUCCUUUACCAGACGAUAUGGUGAUAGAGGAAGAAGUGACUCAGGCGAAAUUAGUCGUGGCACCGUCUAUGUCCGGUUCACAGAUCAUGGUCUCCACAGAGAGGAUACCGAGUCCUUCGAGCAUGAGCACACCCCCGGUACCACCGCUGCCGAUGUCCCAAAGGCUACGCAAAGAGGAACAGCCCGCGUACGAUACUGUUUCCUUAAAGUCUCCGUCACCGGCCAGGGAGAUGGAGGUGUUUGAGGACAGACAUCUGUCGGCGCCUCAUCUCCAAGAGCGCGACGAGGAUUCGCAUUUAAAAGCCAUACGAUCCGCGCUACUCUCGGACGAGCCUGUGAGAAUCAGCAAUUUGGAAGUGGGAGAUCUGAGAGUGGAUCGUCUGAGCGUUUCCCAGAUCGAUGCGGGGAAGAUCGUCGCGUCCGAGGUAGACGCGUUAGUGAUCACCGCGUCCGAGUUGAAAAGCAUGGGAGCUGGUAUGGAAGAGAGCCUGUCGCCUUCCAUCAUCAGAGAACUGAUGGCCAUCAGGAGUCACCUGGAGACAGUGGCUAGGGUGCAAGAGAUUCAGAGAGAAGAGAGCAAGUUAUUGGAGAUAGAAAAGAAGACAGACAUUCCCGUUGCAGAGAGGCAAGAGGAGAAGAAGCCGAGUCGGGAAGACGAGAAACCGGCGGGCGAGGAGAAGGAGGAGCAAAAGGUUGUUAAGAGUAAAGUAGCCGAAGCAAAGGAUAUACCGACACACACACUAACGGUCGUAGAAGACAGAGAGACGACACGAACACUAGAAAACACGCCUGUAGAACCGAGCGACAAAGAUACAAGCACAUGUCUAAUAUCCACCGUUCAGACUCAAGAUAAGUCCUUACAAAUUCUAGAUACAGAAAGAAACCCCCUGAGCCCAGGGGGCGGCAGGAAACGCUCCAUCGAGGAGUCCCGCGCUUCCCUUCCCCCGUCUCCGGCUGUGGAACCCACGGAAGAGAGCAAGGAGUCGAGGCUGUCCCCGGAUCGCGUGUCCGAGAGUGGCAGCGAGUCCGUCGAAUCGAAAUCAUCGCCGCCACCAGAGUUCGCGGCCUUGGAACAGAAGCUGAUACAGACGUCGCCCGAUAUUGGCGAACGCAAAGUACGAAAAUCGAGGUCCAGGUCUUCCUCGCCUUUAGGUAUCUCCCAAACGCCGCUAACUGCCUCCCCGGUCCGAUCGCUACCGCCCGUCAUCUCGGUGACGCCGGACACACCGGACAGUUUUGCGAGUCAUGGCACCAGCAGCGACGCACAACCGCAACGUGCCGUGAUCUCUUACACCUCGUACACCGAGCAAUCGGACAGGGAGUCGCAGAGGGAAUUCUCCCAAUCGCCGUUACCCUCUUCCUUUCCUUUGAACGGUACUCAUCUGAUAGCCUUCCCGGCCUCGCAAGUCCCGACGCAGUUCUACUCCCUGACCAGCCACCCCGUCGAGCCCAGUAUCGCGGAUAGCACGAGACAGUUGAUCAGAGUGCUCCGUACAGCCGGUCUAAAAACGUUGCGACAAUUCGUGGGCUACGUGUCGUCCAUGGUCGGCGAAGAUUCCAGGGAAAAGAUCAGAGAAGUGGAAUUGACGUUGUGCGCGUUGUUACUUUUGGUCACGGGACUGUUGAUAUUCCUCUUCAGCAGUCCGCGAACGAUAACACAUCAUCAUCACUGGGACUAUUUUAACCCGCCGAAAUAACGAGUUUAACGUAUGCAACAUCUGGUACGUGAAUCACCCGCGAAUCAUGCUUAAUAUUAUUGAUCGCGUUCGACCGUUGCUACGUACGCGCGUGGGCGGUCGUUGAAUCUUUACAGAGGAGGACGGACCUGGUAGAUGAAGGUCGUGUAAAAAGUAACGAAUCUGUACAUCGUUUUUAAAGACAGUGAAUAUUGUUAGACUUGGAUAGUCGAGAGUCUGUUCUCCGGUGUUGAAAAAAACACAUGUAUAUGAAUCGAUUGUUGAACACUUGUUAACUUUUGAACAAAUGUACCGAUUGAUUUACUUGUAUUUAAUUGCCAAGCAAUAAUAUAUGCACGUAUACAUGAAUUAUAAAGUGAUCUUGAACAAGUGUUUCAACAACUAUUUUUUUAACGACACGGAUAUCCUUUCGUAGGAAGCGGGAGAAAUUCAAGGUGUCAUAGACAGAGUAUAAUACGAGAAAAUUUAACGUAUUUUGUAUCUUGUUUGAUCGUUUGUCUAGUCACGAGUUUAUAAUAUCGACAUCCGCGAUUUGUUGAAAAUAUUUUUUGAUACCUACAUGUACAACUCUUAUUUUAAAACUAAAUUCCAUGUACUGUAACCUUGUAACAGCAACAUAUCCCACGAAACCAUAGAAAAAUUAAAGGGAAACAUUGCGUUCACAUGAAAAGA